GUAAGAAUCAUAAAAAAAGAAAAGCUAAUCUGCUUUUGUGUCUAUUUUUGAGACCUUAUUUUAUUCCUCACACACACAUAAUUGGCUAGAACUUCCUGUCCUAUAAAAAGAAAACAAACAACUUAAGUAACAUCUUUUAACCAGCAUUUCCUGGUCAGACGGAAUAUUUUACCGAAUGUUCAUAGAUGUUAAGUUUUGUUAGAAAAUGUGGUUCAGGACCAGAUACUAAUUUGGGGGAGUCACUGGGAUAAACACAAUUCACAAGUUGUGGUGUUUUCAAAGGCUUUGAACUGUUCUGUGGAAGAUAUUGAGCCAGAUUUAUUAACGCCAAGGCAAGAAGCACCUCCAGUUGUUGCUAUACCCGCAUCCAGUUUUUCUCACCAAGUUGCAAGUGAGCUGGCCUCAGUUCCAAUUAUGCACUUAACUUCUAUUUUGCCACUGCAAGUGGAAGAGAGCCCCCUGCCAUCGACAGUGUUGGCAAAUGGAGGCAAGAUCCCCUUCACGAUGCCGGAAGCGUUUUUAGAUGAUGGAGAUAUGGUCCUUGGAGAUGACAUAGAUGAACUACUUGACUCUGCGCCUGAAACUAAUGAAAGUGUUAUGCCAUCAGCUUUAGUCAGAGGACCCCUUCCGACAGCCAGUGUCACCCCUAGCAUGCCCUUUUCGGCGUCUCUGUUGGGCACCUUGCCUAUUGGUGCGAGGUAUGCCCCUCCACCCUCCUUCUCAGAGUUGUAUCCACCUUUGACCUCAUCCUUAGAAGAUUUCUGUUCUUCUUUAAAUUCGUUCUCAAUGAGUGAAUCCAAACGAGAUCUGUCCACCUCAACUUCUAGAGAGGGAACAUCGCUUAACAACAGUAAUUCUUCCCUUUUGCUUAUGAAUGGACCGAGCAGUUUGUUUGCUUCUGAGAGUUUCCUGGGAAUUUCAAGUCACCCUCGAAAUGACUUUGGGAACUUUUUUGGAAGUGUAGUUACAAAACCACCUUCAUCAGUGACCCCAAGACACCCCCUUGAAGGAACCCAUGAAUUGAGACAAGCUUGCCAAAUCUGUUUUGUAAAAUCAGGCCCUAAGUUAAUGGAUUUCACUUACAAUCCUAAUAUAGAUCAUAAAUGUAAGAAAGAUAUUUUAAUUGGUAGGAUAAAGAAUGUUGAAGAUAAAUCAUGGAAAAAAAUACGACCAAGACCAACAAAAACAAAUUAUGAAGGACCUUAUUAUAUAUGUAAAGAUGUUGCUGCUGAGGAGGAAUGUAGAUAUUCAGGCCACUGCACAUUUGCUUAUUGCCAAGAAGAGAUAGACGUCUGGACGCUGGAGCGAAAAGGGGCGUUCAGUAGAGAGGCUUUCUUUGGUGGCAGUGGAAAAGUCAACCUUACCGUAUACAAACUUCUGCAAGAGCAUCUUGGAGAAUUUAUAUUCCUUUGUGAGAAAUGUUUUGAUCAUAAGCCUAGAAUGAUCAGUAAAAGAAAUAAAGAUAAUUCUACUUCUUGUUCUCACCCGGUUACAAAGCAUGAGUUUGAAGACAAUAAGUGCCUUGUCCACAUUUUGCGAGAAACAACAGUGAAAUACUCCAAAAUACGUUCUUUUCAUGGUCAAUGUCAGCUUGAUUUAUGUCGACAUGAGGUUCGAUAUGGCUGUUUAAGGGAAGAUGAGUGCUUUUAUGCUCACAGUCUUGUAGAAUUGAAAGUCUGGAUAUUGCAAAAUGAAACAGGUAUCUCACAUGAUGCAAUUGCUCAGGAAUCUAAACGAUACUGGCAACAAUUGGAAGCAAACGUACCUGGAGCUCAGGUACUUGGCAAUCAAAUAAUGCCUGGAUCUCUGAAUAUGAAGAUAAAAUUUGUGUGUGCUCAGUGUCUGAGAAAUGGGCAAGUCAUCGAACCAGACAAAAACAGGAAAUAUUGUAGUGCGAAGGCAAGGCAUUCGUGGACCAAAGAUCGACGUGCGAUGAGAGUGAUGUCUGUUGAACAUAAGAAGUGGAGGAACAUCCGCCCUCUCCCCACAAAGAAACAAAUGCCUUUACAGUUUGAUCUGUGCAAUCAUAUUGCUUCUGGGAAAAAAUGUCAAUAUGUUGGAAACUGUUCUUUUGCUCACAGUCCUGAGGAACGAAAAGUGUGGACGUACAUGAAGGAGAACGGGAUACAAGAUAUGGAGCAGUUUUAUGAACUCUGGCUAAAGAGUCAAGUAAAUGAAAAAAGUGAGGAUGUAGCCAGUCAGUCCUGCAAGGAAAAUGGAAAACAGAUUCACAUGCCGACAGAUUACGCAGAAGUUAGCGUGGACUUCCACUGCUGGAUGUGUGGGAAGAACUGUAACAGCGAGAAGCAGUGGCAAGGCCACAUUUCCUCAGAGAAGCACAAAGAGAAGGUUUUCCACACUGAAGACGACCAGUACUGCUGGCAGCACCGCUUCCCAACAGGGUAUUUUAGUAUUUGUGAUAGGUAUAUGAACGGUACCUGCACAGAAGGGAGCAGCUGUAAAUUUGCACAUGGAAACGCUGAACUUCAUGAAUGGGAAGAAAGAAGAGACGCCCUAAAGAUGAAGCUCAACAAAGCAAGAAAAGAUCACUUAAUUGCCCCAAAUGAUAAUGACUUUGGAAAAUAUAGUUUUUUGUUUAAAGAUUUAAACUAAUAUGCUGGCUUUUAUGUAUGUUACCUAAUCAGAGCAUUGACCAGAAAAAUUGAAAGUGUUCUAAGGUACGUAGCAGAGGAACUGCAGGUUUUCUGCUUGUAUUGGCGUCUAUCCUCCCUCCUAAGCAGCAACCCACAGUAGGUAGGAAAACGGGCUGUUUAACGGGUCUGGCCAUGCUCUCAUGGCACCAUUGGCAUCAAAUGGCAGAGGGACCGCUACCCGGUUGCCAUCUGUUGAACAGACUUUUGGAUGAAGUGUGUCGGGGAAGAGGAUAAGGUUAUGUCUGGGACGACUCCUUGACUUGGUCCUUCAGAUAAGAACCAUGAUGGUGGAUUAAACACUCGUAUUAGGAUCAGAACACAUGAUGGAUGAAAUUCUUUACACAUAUUUAAGCAGAAUGAAUUUGUUUAAUAAAGUUUGCUACUUAUCUGUAUGUAGGUUGCUAAAAAGGAUUUUCUUAACUCAGAUUUUAAGCCAAAUAACCAUUUAACACUAAUAUACGUUAAAUGGGGUAUUUUUCUGUAUUUGUAUGUUUCACUGUAAUAAGGGAACCGAGGAUAAUGUGCAUUGACAAUAUUUUGAAAAAUAAUCAGCUGACUCAAAUUUUAUUUCUUGGUCUUUUGCUGUUUAAAUGAUGAUUUUGAAAGAUUAAACUUGUAUUGUUGGUAUCGUGUAGUGUAUGGACCAAUAUUGCCUGUAAUAAAGAUUUUAUAUGUAGAUUUCUUUCA